AUGCGAUCAAUGAUGAGUCUUGGCAGAAACGGAGUCUCGCGAGAUAAAGUUCAUAUCGAAAAACAGGGCAUUCGUGCCAUCAUCGGUCCCGAUUGCUGGAAUCGAACGGUUCCGCAGGAUUGCCAGAUCUCGCUGGAAAUGACCACAAAUUUUUCCAAAGCUUCGCAAUCCGAUGAGCUGCGCUACUCGCUGAAUUACGCGGUGAUCUCCAAGGAAGUGGCCCGAUUCGUAGACACAAAUAAGGACUACAAAACACUGGGUAAGCUGGCUGACAAGGUUCUGCACCAUGUCAAAAAUAAAUACCUGGGAAUUGAGAAAUUGGCUUUGACAGCAGAAGCACAAGAAGCUCACAUCAGAGCUGAAAACAUCCGUCUCUUGAUUCAUGCUCCACAGGAACAUCCGUACACAGACCGGCUGGUAAUCUCGGGGCUCAAACUGCUUACUCUGAUUGGUGUGUUCACUUUCGAGCGUAUGCAAAAACAGUACGUUACCAUUGAUAUCGACGUGCCAUGGGAUAAGCACUCCGAUUCAAACAUAAACCACCAAAAAGUGAUACAGGAGGUGGUGAGCUUCGUGGAAGCUUCCAACUUCAAGACUGUCGAAGCUCUCGUAGAAUGUGUGGCGCAUCUCGCGCUUCUGCAGCCAUAUUUCGAGCAAAACCGUUCCGCAGCAGUGAUCGUAAAAGUUCUCAAGUUGAACGCUAUCACUGCCACGGAGGGAGUCGGUGUUAGCUGUACGCGUACUCUUGCAGAUUUUUCUGGCAAGGAAGUUCCCAAAGUGGGACAAUCCCAAUUUCUUUCCGAAGUUUUCGACCUUCCAGCCGUACAGGUGACGCCUGUCGUGAGCGGAAAGCCUAGUGUCGCCUACUUGGCUUUUGGGACUAACGUUGGGAAUCGUCUGGCUAAUAUUCAGUGUGCCAUCGAUCUUUUGAAUGCAAACGCAGACGUGAUAGUACGGAAAACAUCGUCGAUCUUUGAAAGCGAGCCCAUGUACUUUCAAAAUCAACCACAGUUUCUGAACGGGUGUUUAGAGAUUGAAACACGACUCUCCCCAAAUGAUCUUCUGCGUCUCUGCAAACAUAUUGAGUACGAAGACCUCAAGAGGGUGAAGGAGUUUGAGAAUGGUCCAAGAAGCAUCGACUUGGACAUUAUUCUCUACAAAAACGGUAAUGGUGAGGACAUUGUGAUGUCCACAGCCGAUUUGGUUGUUCCUCACCCCAGAUUGAUCGAGCGUACUUUUGUGAUGGAGCCUUUGUGCGAGCUGGUUCCUCCAAACGAAGUGCACCCUGUCACAGCGGAGCCCAUCAUUAACCAUCUCAACCAAGUUUACGAACAAUUAAAUGACGAGGACGUUCUAUGCAAACUGAUUCCACUUCCUAAAAUAAACGGGGCUGACAGGUUUCUCAAGUUCAAAAACAAAUUGAUCAAGGACACAGUCUCCGGUCGGCUCACUGCUGCAACUGUAUCGCCAACUUUAACGAUGGGGAUCGUGAAUACAACUCCAGACUCGUUUUCUGAUGGCGGUAAAUUGGGAAACGACGUGAGUUCACAGCUUUUGAGAAUCAAGGAAAUGGUGCAAGAUGUGCUAAGCCUGAAUGAACAGGUCAUUAUAGAUAUUGGAGGCUGUUCAACACGGCCAAACUCUGCCCAGGCGACGCUCGACGAGGAGCUGGAGCGCACAAUUUCUCUUAUCCGUGCUGUUAGGGCUUGCGACUCGCUGCCACAAGAAAAGGUUAUUCUAUCGAUUGACACGUACCAGUCAGAAGUUGCGCAGCAGGCUAUUGAAGCUGGGGUGGAUAUCGUCAAUGACAUUUCGGGCGGCAAAUUCGACAGUAACAUGUUUACGGUUUUGGCCAAUAAUCCUGCGGUCGCUUAUGCCAUGUCUCACAUUCGUGGCGAUAUCCAGAGUAUGAGCAAACUAACGGUGUACGAUUCUGAAGAUUACAACGAGGACGCAGUUACAGAGUACUGCUACGGGCACGAGUUCCAAAACAAAGACAGUACGACUCUGAUCCGAGCGUUAGCGAGAGAAUUGGCAGUUCAAUACAAAGGCGCCCUAGACAUGGGUGUGAAAAGCUGGCAGAUCAUUCUCGACCCAGGCGUGGGGUUUGCCAAGAAUGCCGAUCAGAAUUUGGACAUCAUUCGCAGUAUUCAUGUUCUAAAAAACUACAGCGUGUUAAAGAAUUCCGAGUUCGUGAAUUUCAGAAACAAGCCAAUCCUUAUUGGGCCUUCUCGCAAGAAGUUUAUUGGGAAUAUUACAGGAGAGACCAGUGCUGCUGACAGAGAUAUUUCUACGGGCUCUGUGGCGAGUGCAUGUGUUGGUUAUGGCGCCGACAUUAUUCGUGUUCACAACACGGCGAACUGCGUCAAGAGCAUCAAGAUGGCCGAUUCUAUAUACAGACAAACCCGGUUAUAA